UGUCAAGCAAGACACGAAGCUGUCCAAACUAGCACGCAUCAUAUGAUGAUCUCAGGCUGUUCAAAGCUGCCACCACACGAGCUUACGUAGCAACUUGAGCCUUCAACACAUUGAUUGCUCAGACGACGAUAUCUUGAAUAGUCAAACUCAUAUAUUCUUAUUGAACAUUUAGAUUCGGAUAACUUUAUGGACCGAUGACACAUCAUGACUAUAUAGUUCUUCCGACAUCGAGCGAGGCAAGGGAAGAUGUCAGCGAGGGCGCUGACCCCAUUCUAGAAUCAUUACUACGAGAUAAUAAGGGCGUCACGCUUUAUACACCGCAUGGAGGCUCUCUAGUUGUUCAUGAAGAUGGUCAUACCUAUAACUUUUCAUAUGGACCAAGCGGAAUUUCAGGUCUAGUUCACAAUCGUUAUGCUGUUGCGUGCGCAGCGUUUGCUGGGAUCGGCGGUGUUUCAUUCGGGUAUGACCAAGGCGUUAUUUCCAAUGUCCUAGUCAUGAAAGACUUUCUGGCUCGGUGGCCAAUCGGACCAUGGGAGAAAGGAAUGAUGACUGCUGUUCUUGAGCUUGGCGCAUUGUUUGGCGCUAUUACGAGCGGAAUCUUGGCAGACAAGUAUUGUCGACGUCAAUCCAUUUUCUUCGCGUCCAUCAUUUUCUGUCUUGGUUCAGGACUGCAAUGCGGGGCGCAGUCGUUGAACGAUCUUAUCAUUGGGCGAGCAAUUGGUGGCUUUGGAGUUGGAGCCCUAAGUCCUCCUGAGCUCCGCGGCUCACUCAUGGCGCUUGAGCAACUCGCUAUCGUUCUUGGAGUUGUGUUUGGGUUUUGGACAGGUUUUCUUACGAGACACAUUGCCGGAUCUGCUUCGUGGAGAAUUCCACUGGCACUCCAGUUUCUCCCAGGUAUCUCGCUUUGCCUCGGAUGCUUUGUUCUACCACCUUCACCCCGACUGCUGGUGCUCCGUGGUCGCAUCGACGAUGCACGGAAUACUUUAGCCAAACUUCGUUUGCGUACUCCUGACGAAGCAAAAGAAGAUCCGUUGAUCCAGCUUGAGCUAUUGGAAAUGCAAAUCAAUGUUGCUCUCGUCCGACAAAAAUCAACAGAUGGACUCUCACGCGAAACAUGGACAACCCUCUUCGGUCGGGAGUACGUCAGACGGACUCUUAUUGGCAUCAUGAUCAUGUUCUUUCAACAGUGGAGCGGCAUUAAUGCACUUCUUUACUAUGGUCCAACUCUAGUUGAAAGCAUAGGGAUGCGCGGGGACACCGUCACACUUCUCGUUUCAGGUGGGAUCGGAAUCAUCCAAUUUCUUGCAGUUUUUCCGGCCAUCAUAUUUCUUGACCGGUGGGGCCGUAAACCCCUUCUCAAAGGCGGCAGCGCAAUUAUGGCUGUGUCGCAUUUCAUGAUCGCAAUAUUAAUCCACCUUUUUCAUGAUGACUGGGAAUCGAACACCAUAGCUGCUUGGGUAGCGGUGUUUUGCACGUACAUAUUUACUGCAGCUUAUGGCAUGUCCUUUGGACCCAUUGGUUGGGUUCUUCCCAGUGAAGUAUUCCCCCUUUCAAUGCGAAGCAAGGGAGUUUCCUUAUCAACAGCUUCGAACUGGAUCAACAAUUUCUUGAUUGGCCUGAUUACACCGCCGCUGAUGGAGAUGUCUUCUGCUGCGACCUUUAUGAUUUUCGCGUGCGCCUGUUUCGGGGCCUACCUGUGGUCUAGUUAUGUUGUUCCAGAGACGGCAGGCGUUUCUCUCGAAGAAAUAGAUGCAGUCUUUGGUUCUGCAGCAGGUCAGAAAGACCGCAAACGGAAAUGCGAGCUGGAACGCGAACUCGGGCUGUACGACCUAAUUAAGGGUCUUAUUCCUUCGGAGGCAGUAGGCCAAGAGUAGCAACAACUCUAAUGAAUUCAACAAGAUGUGGUAUAUACGUAUCUAGAUUAACCACGUUACCAUGUUAUCUAGCUACAAUGUGUACAGUACAGCGCACUAAUACUCCAGAUGGUUCCUGUCAUUAUACAUGUUGUUCUCCAAGAAUACGAAUGGAUUAGUGGGCUUUCCGACUAAUAAAUAUGAUUAAGGUGACAAGCGUGUCAGGGCAUGGUAAGGAACGUGACAAAGAGCGUAUAAUGUGUGGUGAUGU